ACAUGCCCUGUGUGCAGGCUCAGUACGGGCCCGCCCCGCCAGGCUCAGCCUAUUCCGGCCAGUCCUUCAGUUACCAGGGCGACAGCUACAGCUCUGACCUCAUGACCCCUGACUACACCAAGCUGGACCUGGGUGGUGGUGAGAUCUCUGCUGCUGCCACCACCUCCCUCCCCAGCUUCAACGUCUUUGUGGAGGGGAGCUACGAGCCCAAGUCCUCCUGCCUCUACCAGAUGCCCACACACAGGCCCACCAUCAAAAAAGAGGAGGAGAGCUACCCGACUGCUCCGCCGCUGGAGGUCAUGUCCUCCUCCACUAUGUACUUUAAACAGUCUCCCCCCUCUACCCCCACAACCCCAUCACUGCCGCCCCAACCUGGAACAUCCUUCCUGUGGGAGGAGCACUCCCUGGCCCCUCCAUCACACCCCCACUCUAUGGGCUCCAGCCUAGACACGAGCCUCAAGUCGCCCCGGUUUCCGCACUUCUACCAGCACUCACCGCCCCACAGCGGCGGCAGUGGGGGUGGCUACGAAAGUCUUGGAGGAGGACUGGUUCGCACCUCAUCCUCUUCCUCAUCCUCAUCCUCCUCUAUUUCCCAUCCUCACGGUCCACCUCUGGAUCAGCCCAUGUACCAGCUGCACCGCGGGGCCGGCGGCAGCAGCCUCGCGUUCCGAUCCCUGGCUCUUGGUCCCUGUGGCCCCCUACUCGGAGACAGCCUGCCCUCGCCUCCCCCUCGUGGCCCCCAAGGAGAGGGCACCUGUGCAGUGUGUGGUGACAACGCAGCCUGCCAGCACUACGGCGUACGCACUUGUGAGGGCUGCAAGGGCUUCUUCAAGCGCACCGUGCAGAAAAACGCGAAGUAUGUAUGUCUGGCCAGUAAGAACUGUCCUGUGGACAAGAGGAGACGCAACCGCUGUCAGUACUGCCGCUUCCAGAAGUGUCUGAGUGUCGGCAUGGUAAAAGAAGUGGUGCGGACUGAUAGUUUGAAGGGGCGCCGAGGCCGUCUGCCCUCCAAACCAAAGAGCCCCCUGCAGUCAGAGGCAUCCCCUCCUUCUCCACCCCUCAGCCUGCUCUCCGCUCUGCUCAGGGCUUAUUCCCACUGCACGCCCCGUGACCUCGACUACAGCCAGUUCAGUGCGGCCGACCCUCCCACCUCCUCCUCAGAUGCCGAGCACAUCCAGCUUUUCUACAGGCUGCUCACCAUCUCGAUGGAGACCACACGGUGCUGGGCUGACCGGCUGCCCGGGUUCUCCGAGCUCCAGCGCGAAGAUCAGAAUCUGCUCAUAGACUCUGCUUUCCUGGAGCUGUUUGUCCUGCGAUUGGCUCACAGGUCGAUGCUGUCAGAGGAUAAACUAGUGUUCUGCAACGGUUUGGUGCUGCACAGGUUCCAGUGCCUUCGUGGGUUCGGAGAGUGGCUGGACUCCAUUCGGGACUUCUCCACCCACCUCCAGAGCCUAAACCUGGACGCCUCUGCUUUCGCCUGCCUGGCUUCCCUCGUGCUGCUCACAGAGCAAGUCCCUGGUCUGAAGGACUCAAAGCGGGUGGAAGAGCUGCAGAACAAAGUGAUUUGUUGUCUCAGAGACCACCUGGGCUGCGGCCCUUCUUCCUCCUCGUCCAAGGCUACGCCCCCUCUGAGUCGUAUUCUGGGUUUAAGGGCAGAACUCCGUUCCCAGAGGACCCAGGGCCUUCAACGAAUCUUCUACCUGAAGCUGGAGGAUCUGGUACCGCCCCCACCAUUGAUUGACAGGUUCCUGGACACUCUGCCCUACUGAUGGCCUGGGCUGACCGCACUGAGAGAAACCCACGUCACGUCCUGUUCAGGCCUCCCCCCACCAUCCCAGGAGCAUGCACACACAUUCAGAAGAGAGACUCACUCCCCUCUGACUGAUGCAUAGCAGAGAGAGAGCCAAUUAAAAUGCUUUUCACUCAAUGGGACAACCAAUCAAAAACGCCUUUCACUCAAAUGGACAACCAACCAAACGCUUUUCACCAGUAUAAAAGACUAUUGCUUAAACGCUUUACCACUUUUUAUUUGAUUCUCCUGUUUUUCUCCUGUGGGGGAGGAUGAUGAGACUGAGAUGGACAACGGGGGAAAAAAGAGAGACUUUUUUUACUGUCCUCUCUCCGUCUGAGUGGCAUCUCAUCCAGCAAAUAAAGGUUUAUGAUACUGUUUAUCUGUGUUUUGGCCUGGGUCAUCCAGUGUGAGGACUUCUUUUUAGUGAGAGGGAAGGGGAGGUGUCAGUGUCAGU